GAAGCACCACCACGACUCACGUGCCGAAGACGCUGCCGCUGUUUGCAACUGUCGUGCGCAGCCUCGUUUGACCGUCGGUGGCCUUUGCCUCGUUCGCACGUCGUCGUGCCGGUCGCCACGGCCCCGACGAGACCGCGCCACGUCGUGGUGAUCGCUUCGAGCUGCUGGGGACGCCGCCGCACGCUGUCGCAGCGCACCGGCUGGCCUCAAGUCGCUGACGGCUCCGCGCCUGGACGCCUUGUCGCGCACGCCGACACGCAGGAGAUGAACCGUCCAAUUCAAGUGAAGCCGGCCGAUAGCGAAAACAGGGGAGAGGAUCGAAAGCUGUUCGUGGGCAUGCUGAGCAAGCAGCAGACGGAGGACGACGUGCGCCAGCUGUUCCAGUCCUACGGCACGAUAGAGGAGUGCACCAUCCUCCGGGGCCCCGACGGCCAGAGCAAAGGUUGCGCAUUUGUCAAGUUUAGUACACACACUGAAGCACAGGCAGCUAUCAAUGCUCUCCACGGCAGCCAGACAAUGCCGGGUGCGUCGUCUAGUCUAGUGGUGAAAUUUGCCGACACCGAGAAAGAGCGGCAGCUUCGGCGAAUGCAGCAGAUGGCGGGCAACAUGGGCCUCCUCAACCCUUUCAUCUUCAACCAGUUUGGCGCGUACGGGGCCUACGCGCAGGAGCAACUUCCGACGACCACCGGGGAGCAGGCGCAGUACCUGCCGCACGUCGGACGAGCCCUGUAUCACACGGCAACGCUGAUGCAGCAGCAAGCGGCGCUGAUGGCGGCCGCCCAGGGAGGAUACAUGAACCCCAUGGCGGCGCUGGCCGCCGCGCAGAUCCCCACCAUCGGCGCCAUGCCCAACGGACUGGCCAGCCCCGCGCUCACGCCGACGUCCGGCGCCACGACACACCCGGUGAACGGAGCACUUCCCUCCCCGACCGUGACCAGUUUUACAGUGGCUCAGGCGAAUGGACAGGCGGGUGAAGUCUACACAAACGGCAUGCCUCACUAUCCAUUGCAUUCCGGGCCUCCCGACGCCGUUCGAGUUAUACUACAAGAAUUGCCCAGCCACCUUCACACAGAAGCCCAGGCAGUUCCGAACGGCGACGCCCUCCAGCCUGCGGCCUACCCGACGCUGCAGCCGUUCGCCGGCAUCCCCACCUACCCUGCGGCGUAUGGCCAGUUCGCCCAAGCCCUCACGCAGCAGCCGGCGGUGGUCCCCCAGACUCAGCGAGAGGGUCCUGAAGGCUGCAACCUGUUCAUCUACCACCUUCCUCAGGAGUUUGGAGACGCUGAGCUGAUGCAGAUGUUCAUGCCCUUCGGCAAUGUGAUCAGCGCCAAAGUCUUCAUCGACCGUGCCACAAACCAGAGCAAGUGCUUUGGCUUCGUCAGUUUCGACAACCCAGCGAGCGCACAGGCCGCCAUCCAAGCAAUGAACGGCUUCCAGAUCGGCAUGAAGCGGCUCAAAGUUCAACUGAAGCGUCCCAAGGAUGCCAACAGGCCCUACUGAGCGCCGGCUGUGCCGCGCGCUGCCCCAACCUCAUAGGGAUGCCCGUAGCGAUGCCAAGCGUUACAAGACCUUGAUGGCAAUGCCUGUUUUUCGUGGGCGAUUGGAACUUCAGAGUUGUAGCUAGACGAGCAGUGUAUUAUAGCCGCCGCCACUGAGCGCGUCUUAGACGGCAGGGGUGAGAGCAGUGUUAGAAGGUUUGUUAGUUGGCCGGAAACAGAAAAUAACGCUUCAGGGCUCAAUGAACGCAUCCUUUUCGGCUUACCAGAAGAGCUUCUACUGUUACUACUACGAAAGGCGCGCGAGAAACAGUAUGACAAGUAGUCAGUAUAGCCAAGUAGGUUUAGUAGCCAAACCCAGCCAGGCCUUGACACAGUGUAUAAGCUUUUACCAGUGUUUACUUCAAGGACAGGAAGGCGCAGGAAGGGUGUGGAGCAUCAGUUCUAGAGGCUGCGUAGCCGAGAAACUUAUUUCCAGGUGUCGCACUUAGUCUUGCUGUGAAUACUCGACGCGCCGAGAAGGGCAGGCUGAGGCGACGCGCGAGGCUUAGCGCCAGUCUCGCUAUUCUCUCUUCCCUCGCCCCGCUUCGCCGCCUCUGCCGCCCCCUGGUGGGCUUUUCCCGAAAGACGACGAUCAAGCGGAAGCAAGAGACGACCGCUGCGCGCGCCGUCGGCACCCAGCUCUGCUCGGGAAAGGCGCGCCACACGGGAGCAUCCAUAUCAGUAUCGGCGCUGGAAGUGCCAUCGCCAUCGCUGCGGCGCCUGCGCGCGCCCUCUUGCGGCCUGGUUUGGCACCGUGACUGUUGUGCGAGUGCGCGCGUGGGCCACUUCUUCCUUCUCUGCACGCUCCGGCCGCACUGCGCACUCCCUCUCCACAGACACACACACAUACACAGAAGCACACGCACGAACACACGCUCACUCAACACACGGAUUUACACGAGCACACAAAUGCAUUUCGCAUGGCCCGACAAAGAAGGACCUGCGCAUGCGUGAAACCGACUCUGUUGACAAAUGCGUCUCAGCAGCGCCAAGUUCUGUAGUUGAUGUAGAGAUGUAGUAUUAGUAGCGGUCACCUGUACAUACGAAGAAAAACAAGCGUAAACACAGCAGUAUAUACAAUACACUAGCGUACUGAUAAAAUAUAUAUAAAUAUAUAUAUAUAUAUAU